CCCAGCGUCCCCGGAAUAGGCACCGGCACCUGCAGGAAGGGGCCGCCUGCCAGACUCGUGGCGUUGUUGAUAGAAAGUGUCUCCCGGGUGCCCAUGAAACGUAGUUCGGUGCUGUGUUCCCGCUGGUGAAUGCGCAGUUGUCUAAAGCUGCGCUGUAAAGUCUGGUCCUGUUUGAUUGCAAACAGGUAGCCUGGUGCAGUUUCUCUGCGUGACUCAAUCCCAUUUCUGUUCAUGAUUUAGCGUUACAUGUUCUUAACGCUGCUGCCGGUCUUCUGUCGAAGAUUUCCCCCCCUGCGGUGUUGUAGAUAAUAAUAAAUUCCUUUAGUUUAUUUUCACCUUUGCGUGAAGAAAAUGGUGCUAGUCAAGUUAGUUUCUUAUAGUGAAAUGCGUAUUAUUGGGAUUUUAGUUUCCUCUCUUAUAAACAAAACUGCACGGAUUUGUACAGCCCAUCUGGUCUGCCUGUAUGUAUGUGACCAACACAUUUUUUAACUUCCACGAAUCAUUUGUGUUGUCACUCCUUUAGUGCAUAUGUAUGAGUGUUGUGACACUGGUGAGAUAUUGAGGAAAAAGCACAAAAAACAGAACUGUAACUUGAACCUUUCUUUUACCAGUGCUGAAGGAUGUUGCCUGUAAUUCUUGUCUAUUACUCACAAGUAUAUUGUUAAAGUUGCUGAAAAUACUCACAUCAAUUCUUGAUGGUUCAAGUGAGCAACUUUCAUUCCAUUUGGGUAUAAUGUAAUAAACUGUAAAUUCUGUAAUAAGCAUGCUCUUUGACAGGAUAGACAACAUGCUAGAAAUUGGUUUAGAUGGCAAGUCCUCUUAGAGAUUUUUUUGAUCAUAGUUCCCUUUUCGUGGUCUGGGGUGGAGGGAGUAAAAACCAGACAAAACUGAAAAUAUCUAUGCAGUUGGUAUUUUGUGUGCACAGAAUGCCAAAGUGUGAGGGUAACUUGGUGCUGCUGAGGAGAGUAUAAAUGCAUUGUCAGAGGCCUCCAUAAAUACUAUUAAUUGCUCUUUUGGGACAAGAAUUACUCUUAAUUGAACAAUUAAAUAGUUAGGUUUGUUUUUCUGCUAGUUUGAAAAUGGAAGCACAGCUCUGACACGCCAACUUUGUGUUCAGUAUGUUUGAAGGUUUUUGUCCACAUGGAUGUUUUGUCAGUGUGUUUACGGUGAUGGGUUGGAGUAGAGAAAAGAACCUACUUCUGUGGGCUGAAAUACUGGAACAUGGAUUGGUGCUCACCUGCCAGCUGGUCACACUUCAUAUCCAUGCAUUUAGUGUGUGGCUGGUGAGACUGAAUUACUUUUAAUUCAGGAAGAGGUACUGUGUAUCAGCUGCAAUCCAGUACCUUUUACUUGCAUGGCAGCUUGUGUUUGUGUAUGUGCCCUUAGCUAGAGGUGGAGUUGUUAUCAUUAUUUGCUAUGAUGGUUGAUGUUAGUCAUAAAGAACAGAAAAACUGAUUCUCUGGGCCUUAUCUGAGGUGUAGAGGUGGCAGCAGCUGAAGGGGAAAAGACACAAGAAGCUCAUGGAUGAAAAAGUACUGCUUCAAACAGCUCUGCAGAGCGAACCUCAUUCAGCUUGCAGCUAGGCACAAGAGCCAGAUUUUGCAUUUAUGGGGUUCCUGUUUGAUACCAGUCAGAAAACCUUGUUGGACUCCUGUUCAGAAAUAUGCAGUAGAUAUUUGUUUAAACUGGGAGAAUCUGCUUUUAAAGCUAUGCUGCUUCAGGAGACCAUGGUUUUGCUGUUUGGUUGGUGUAGGUCAGUGAGAAUAAAAUUUAGAAACCUUGUUAUAAAACCUUCUGCUCUCAGAAGAUGUCCUUGGAGGAUUCUUCUCCAGGGUGUUUACUUAUUGACUGGAUGCUAUAAAUGGGCAGACUUGAAAAAACAAGAGGGAAGAAACCCCACACCUAUAUUAACAUUGAACUAAGCAAUGUAAUUUAAAACAGCAUAAGGAGGGCUCUUUCAGAACUGAACUUAGAUAUUAAACAAAUACAAUUAUUAUGGAAGUUAUUUUCAUGAAACUAUUACAUUCCUGCUGAUAUUUUACCUAUACUUUUAAUAAUUUUGUGAUCCAUAUGUUACAAUUAAAUGGUUUAAAUGUGAACUUCCAGUUAAGAAUGCUAUAAGAUUCAAAGUGCUAGCCUGGCAGUGCAGAAGCUAUUUAUUUCCAAAUGCUGUUUUUCUGAACUGUUUGAACUCUAGGGGAGAGGAAGGGAGAAAGCAAAUAGCUAUUGAAUUUGAUACUGGAACUUAACAUAAAGUUGGCGUAUAUCAGUAAGAAAAUCAUGAUGGCACAAGGAUUACUCUGCAGCUUUUGCUUAUUUACCCCUGUAACAUGAGUAUUUAACUAAAUGUUACCAUCAGUAAUGAAUUCUUUUUGAAAAUCUGAGUAGGCAAAAGGGUAGAUUUAUUUCAAAAAUGUCGGAGAAAGGUGGAUUGAAUAUCAUCACCAUGUAAAUCCACUAAAGCAGUAUGAUGGUGAUGUUGUAAGCGGUUACAUACAGCAAUGGAUAAGCCUGUGUGCCUCUCAUGUGUUUGUUCCUAUCUUCUCUCACUUCAACGUUCAGUUUUUGCCAUUGGAAAUAUUUGUUUGUUUGUUAAAACCUAGAGUGGAAAUGAAAGAAUGGAGAGUGAAUUAACUGUCACUUAGCCUUCUGUAUUAUUACUUUGAUCAGCAGAGAAGCACUCUGUGACUGUCAGCAUAUAAAUAAAUGAAAGGCUGAAUUAAAUCUCUGAGUUAUUCACUAUUCAGUAUGCUUGUGUAACACUGAAUUUCUUUUGGGCAUUGUAAAUAUGUUUUAAGGAUAUUGUUAAGCUCUCCCUGUGCUUAUUUGUUUAUUUGGUAGGCAGGAUACAGGUUAGUAACUGUUUUGAGGACAAGAGUAAUUAAUGCUGUAUGUAGAGGAGCCUUGUGGAGCGAUUAAAUGGGAAGACAAGCAAAAGCAUGUCAUUUUAUAUGGCUGAAAUGCAGAGUAGUUAUACUAUGUCAGGUCAAGGAGGACUUUAUUAAAUGUGGAAAUGCAAGGUUGAGUUUUGGGAAUGUGGUUUUCUGCAAAGAGCAGACAGGUGAAAGAUGCCACAUUGUCCCGAGUUUACUGUGUUAAUAUAAUACGUGCCCAUUUGAAAUGGAAUGAGAAAAGGACUCGCCAUACUUUUUUUGCUAUGUUAGCAGGGAGAGAUUUUUGCUCUUUUAAUAUAUGUAAUAUGUAAUUUUUAUUGGUGCUCAUAAGGCAAGGAAAACCCCUUUCAUCUUCAAGGUGUUCUUUUCUACCACCUCAUCAAUGAUCUCUUCCAUUAGAGGCACAAGUUUCAUGUUUCCUCUCAUUUUUUUUAAUCCUUUUACCUAAUUUCUUCAAAAAAAAAAAAAAAAAGGUUGCCAAGCGUUGGAGCAGUCUGCCCAGGUAAAAGGUUGAGUCACUGUCCCUGGAGGUAUUUGAAAGGUGUGUGGAUGUGGUACUCGGAGACAUGGUUUAGUGGUGGACUUGGCAGCGUUGGAUUAGCAGCUGGACUUGAUGGUCCUAGAGGUCUUUCUCAGCCUAAAUGAUUUUGUGGUUCGUAGCUGUCUCUCUUGGAAAACAGUUCUUGAUUUUAGUUUCUUUAUUUGUUUGGUUUGGUUUCAAAUGCCUGCUAAGCACUAAGACAUACGUAGAUGAAAGUUGCUUGGGAAAUGUGCAUCUUACUACCCUUAUCAGAGGGAAAGCUUUCAGGUGUUCCUAAGUUCUGCUGGAAAUGAGUAUUUGGUGACAGAGGUCAGUCAUUCAAUUGCUGUCUGGUAUGCAAGGACCUAAUAUGUAGAAAGCCUCAGUCUAAAAAUAUUUUUUAUCACAGAGCUCUUACCUUGUCUAACAAAUUCUGGUGUGUUAAUGGUUAUUCUCUGUGGGUAAGGAUGUUAAAUCAAGACCCAGUAUUUAUUAAGAAAUAAUAAAAUUUGCUCUUGUUCUUUGAAGUUCUGAAUCUGUUCUGUAAUUUUUGGAGGAUAAAAGGCUUAGAGAAAGUUAGAUGCUGGGUUUUUGAUCUGUAUAUGCAAAGGGAGAACAACUUGAAGAUUAGAUACUCAAUCUGUAUGUUCACUUACGUAAGCUUAAAACAAUUUAGUCACUGAUUUAAUAAUUGAACAAAUAUAAAAUGUCUUUGAAUAAAUUAAUGUGAAGUUUGCUUCAGGUUUUGUUGUAUUUUUAAGAAGUGAUAGAAACCAGAAGAAUCCUUCAGAAGAAAAAUUAAUCUCAAGUCUGACUGGUUUUAAUUUGAGGAACCUGCUCUAGUGAGACAUGGCCCUGCCUAUGGCAGGGGUUGGAACUAGAUGUUCCCUAAGGGCCUUUCCAGCCUAAACCAUUCUAUGAUUUUUGUUCUCUACCAGAAGCAAAAGCUUAAGAUAUUUAUUUAUUUGUAAAUAUUUAAAUCUUGACAGCGCUUUCACUUAUACAGUAACAACUCUAGCGUUGGAAAUCAUGUACCUUUCUUACUAUUAUACUAACAGUGAUGACAUCUUUUGUAGUCAAAGAAAAGUAAAAUUUGAGUUGACAGAGCUAUUACUGUAAGAGUUGUUAUGACAUCCUUUGUAGUUGAAGGAAAACUGCAGUUGACAGAGCAAUAAAAUAUUUUGAUACCUUUGUUUCUAGAGUAUGUAGUAUGCAAAUACUGCAGGGGGGUACAUUUGGCCUUACUAAGAAUCUUAAAUCCAGAGAACAAAUAAAAUCAGAUGGACAGUUUUUACUAGUUGAAAAACAUAAUGCUAGAAUAUGUUCUAAAAUUGUAAAUAUUAAAAAGUAUGUUGCAAAUUACUUUGUAUGUGUUACUUUUCUUUAAUAAAAUAACAGUUGCACUUUAGAAUGAAAGGGGUUUUGGUCAAGUAUUUGUAGCUUGUUUGCCAGUGGGUAACAGCUAUAUUUUCAGUGCUGAAAGAGUAGCAUUGCUUUAAGGUAAAAGAGAAAUAUUACAAGUAUUUGAUAGACUACAGCUGUGAACUGAAUGGUAAAAACAACAGAGAAUAAUAUUUUUAGUAGUUCUUUAUUUUUUGAGUCAGUGAUUUUAUAUUUUUAUUUAUAUAUAUAUAUAUGCUCUCUGUUCAGGGUUAAACAUGUUGUCUUUAAUAAUGAUGAAAGAUUACUUUACAUGCUUGAGGACUAUCUUCCUAAUGCUUUGAUUUUCUAUGUCACCACCUGGAUUAUCAUACUUGGUUAAAACAGUGCUUGUUCCUAUGAAGCAGCAACCACAAAGUCAUAAACCAGAAAACUAACUUUUCUGUUUACUAUACCUCUUAACUGCAACCUAAGCUUUUGCCCAGAAUGGCCUUGGUAGAUCUGUCUGCUCCCCAGGUUUGCUCCUUUCAGAGGAGUUGUGGUGCUGAUGGCCCUUGUUUCCUUUUACAGCUGUGUGUUCAGAGGCACCUGUGCAUGAGGAGAAGUUUGUUCUAUGGCCUCAGAGCUGGGUGACAGGGAGGAUGGCAGCUGCUCAGAGCUGGCAAAACCCCUCUAUCUGCAGUACCUGGAGAAAGCUCUGCAACUGGAUCAGUUCUUACGACAGACGUCUGCCAUCUUUAACAGGAGUAUAUCCAGUGAUGAAAGUGAAGAUGGAUUGGAUGACAAUCCUUUGCUGCCUCAGUCUGGGGAUCCCCUGAUUCAAGUUAAGGAAGAGCCUCCAGACUCUUUGCUUGGAGAGUCUUCUGGAGCAGGGAAUUCUGGGAUGUUGAACACACAUUCCCUGAAUGGAGUACUCCAGCCAGAACCAAAGUCUGAAAAAGGGAGUUUGUAUAAUUUUUCCAAACUGAAGAAAAGCAGAAAGUGGCUGAAGAGUAUCCUUCUGAGUGAUGAUUCCAGUGAUACAGAAUCACCAAGUGAUGAGGAUGGAGAUGAGGAAGAAGAAUUUACUCUUUCAAGGGAAGAACUUCAUGAUAUGCUGCGAUUACACAAGUAUAAAAAAUUGCAUCAAAGUAAAUAUAGCAAAGACAAAGAGUUGCAGCAAUAUCAGUACUACAGUGCGGGGCUGCUCUCUACCUACGACCCCUACUACGAGCAGCAGCGCCACCUGCUAGGGCCCAAGAAAAAGAAGUUUAAAGAAGAGAAAAAAAUAAAAGGCAAGUUGAAAAAAGUAAAGAAAAAGAGAAGACGGGAGGAGGAACUCUCUUCAGAGGAGUCACCACGACGCCACCAUCAUCAGACCAAAGUUUUUGCCAAGUUUUCCCACGAUACACCACCACCUGGGCCCAAGAAAAAGCAUUUGUCUAUUGAGCAACUUAAUGCACGUCGGCGGAAAGUGUGGCUUAGCAUUGUUAAGAAGGAGUUGCCUAAGGCAUACAAACAGAAAGCUUCAGCUCGUAACCUCUUCCUAACCAACAGCAAAAAGCUUGCCCACCAGUGCAUGAGGGAAGUCCGUAGAGCUGCUAUCCAAGCGCAGAAAAACUGUAAGGAAACUCUACCACGAGCACGUCGUCUCACCAAGGAGAUGCUUCUCUAUUGGAAAAAGUACGAAAAGGUGGAAAAAGAGCACCGGAAACGUGCUGAGAAGGAGGCUCUGGAGCAACGCAAGCUGGAUGAGGAGAUGAGAGAGGCUAAGAGACAGCAGCGAAAACUUAACUUCCUGAUAACCCAAACUGAAUUAUAUGCCCAUUUUAUGAGUCGUAAACGAGAUAUUGGACAUGAUGGGAUACAGGAGGAAAUCCUGCGUAAACUGGAGGACAGCUCUACCCAAAGGCAGAUUGAUAUUGGUGGAGGAGUAGUGGUCAACAUCACCCAAGAGGAUUAUGAUAGCAACUAUUACAAGGCCCAAGCUCUGAAGAAUGCUGAGGAUGCUUACCAGAUUCAUCAAGCCCGGACCAGAUCAUUUGAUGAAGAUGCAAAAGAGAGUCGGGUAGCUGCUCUACGGGCUGCUAACAAGUCCGGUACUGGGUUUGGAGAGAGCUACAGUUUAGCAAACCCAUCUAUCCGAGCAGGAGAAGAUAUUCCACAGCCUACCAUUUUCAAUGGAAAACUGAAAGGUUAUCAACUGAAGGGCAUGAAUUGGCUGGCCAACCUAUAUGAGCAGGGCAUCAAUGGAAUCCUGGCAGAUGAAAUGGGUUUGGGUAAAACAGUACAAAGUAUUGCUCUCCUUGCACAUCUGGCUGAGAGAGAGAACAUCUGGGGACCUUUUUUAAUAAUUUCACCUGCCUCUACUCUGAACAACUGGCACCAGGAGUUUGCCAGAUUUGUACCUAAAUUUAAGGUACUACCUUACUGGGGAAAUCCCCAUGAUAGAAAGGUGAUCCGAAAGUUCUGGAGUCAGAAGACAUUGUAUACUCAGGAUGCUCCUUUCCACGUGGUAAUUACCAGUUACCAGUUGGUAGUGCAGGAUGUGAAGUAUUUCCAGCGAGUGAAGUGGCAGUAUAUGGUGCUGGAUGAAGCACAAGCACUCAAGAGUAGCUCCAGUGUUCGUUGGAAGAUCCUACUGCAGUUCCAGUGUCGAAACAGAUUGUUGUUGACUGGGACCCCAAUCCAGAACACAAUGGCUGAGCUGUGGGCCCUGCUGCAUUUUAUCAUGCCAACACUGUUUGAUUCCCAUGAAGAGUUUAAUGAGUGGUUUUCUAAGGACAUAGAGAGCCAUGCAGAGAACAAAUCUGCUAUUGAUGAAAACCAGCUAUCCCGUUUGCACAUGAUCCUGAAGCCUUUCAUGCUGAGAAGAAUCAAGAAGGAUGUGGAAAAUGAACUGUCAGAUAAGAUUGAAAUUCUCAUGUACUGCCAGCAGACAAGUCGACAGAAGCUCUUGUACCAAGCUCUGAAAAAUAAAAUCUCUAUUGAUGACCUCCUGCAGUCAUCAAUGGGCACUACUCAGCAAGCACAGACCACCACUAGUAGUCUCAUGAAUCUAGUCAUGCAAUUUAGGAAGGUGUGCAAUCACCCAGAGCUGUUUGAGCGACAAGAAACUUGGUCUCCAUUUCACAUCUCCCUAAAGCCAUACCAGAUUUCCAAGUUCAUCUACCGUCAUGGACAGAUCAGGGUCUUCAACCACUCACGGGACAGGUGGUUACGGGUUUUACUUUCGCCAUUUGCACCAGACCACAUCCAGCAGUCUCUCUUCCACAGGAAGGGCAUCAAUGAAGAAAGCUGUUUUUCUUUCCUCCGGUUUAUUGAUGUCUCUCCAGCAGAAAUGGCAAACCUUAUGAAUCAGGGACAUUUAGCCAGAUGGUUAGCUCUUUUCCUGUCUCUGAAAGCAUCCUACAGGCUCCAUCACAUGCGCUCCUGGAUGGAGACUGAGGAGGACAAAGAGCAGGGGUCAUGCUUUCUGACAAACAGGGAUUUCUUGCUUGAUGUAAAUUUUCCACUGUCUUUCCCUAACUUGCACAGCUGCACUUUGCUGCAGAACCUCGUGUUCAGCAGCCACUGUAAAGCAGUUACUGGCUAUUCAGACCAUGUCAUAUAUAGAAGGAGAUCAGCUACCUCAUGUGUACGAUGCUGCCAGGUGACGGAGCUGCCGUCCUUCCUGUGCAUAGCCAGUCCACGGGUAACAGCUGUGCCACUGGAGUUCUACUGCAAUGACAGAAGUGCAGAAUACGAGCGCAGGGCACUAAGGGAAGGAGGAAGUGUUGAAGCAAAGCAGUGUGUACUCCAUGGAUCUCCUGAGCUAGCAGCUGACUGGCUGAAACAGUGCUCUCAGUUCUUCCCAGAGCAUCCAGGAGGACUGUUAGGGAUCAGGCCUCAGAAUGGCUGGUCUUUUAUCAGGAUACCAGACAAAGAGAGUCUGAUCACUGACAGUGGAAAACUUCAUGCGCUUGAUCUUCUGUUGACACGGCUGAAAUCUCAAGGACACAGAGUUCUCAUUUACUCCCAGAUGACGCGGAUGAUUGACUUACUGGAGGAAUACAUGGUUUAUAGGAAACACACCUACAUGAGAUUGGAUGGCUCUUCAAAGAUUUCUGAACGAAGGGACAUGGUAGCAGAUUUUCAGAACAGGAAUGAUAUUUUUGUGUUCCUCUUAAGUACAAGAGCUGGUGGCUUGGGCAUUAACCUUACAGCUGCAGAUACGGUAAUUUUCUAUGACAGCGAUUGGAACCCAACAGUAGACCAGCAAGCCAUGGACCGGGCCCACAGGCUGGGUCAGACCAAACAAGUCACCGUGUACCGCUUGAUUUGUAAAGGCACCAUUGAGGAACGCAUCCUGCAGCGGGCAAAGGAAAAGAGUGAGAUUCAACGAAUGGUAAUUUCAGGUGGCAAUUUCAAACCUGACACCUUGAAGCCAAAAGAGGUGGUCAGCCUUCUGCUGGAUGAUGAGGAACUAGAAAAGAAAUUGCGUCAGCGUCAAGAAGAGAAGCGACAGCAAGAGGAAACAAAUCGUGUGAAGGAACGUAAACGUAAAAGGGAAAAAUAUGCUGAGAAGAAGAAGAAGGAAGAUGAAUUGGAUGGGAAGAGAAAGAAAGAGAACAUGAACCUUGUGAUCCCAUUUGUUCCCUCAGCUGAUAACUCCAACCUGUCUGCUGAUGGGGAUGACUCUUUCAUUAGUGUAGACUCUGCCAUGCCCAGUCCUUUCAGUGAGAUAUCCAUCAGCAGUGAAUUACAUAUGGGCUCUAUCCCUCCUGAUGAGAGCAGUAAUGAUAUGCUUGUGAUUGUGGAUGAUCCAGCUUCUUCAGCACCUCAGUCAAGGGCAACAAACUCUCCUGCUUCCAUUACUGGCUCGGUUUCAGACACCGUGAAUGGCGUUUCAAUGCAAGAUUCGUCUCUCGCUGCCAGAGGCCAGUCAAGUCGAAGCCGGGGUCGUCCCAAGGGCGGCUCCAAAGGUGGCACUGGGAAAGGCAGGAGUCGGAAGUCGAUAGCGGGGAGCGCAGCGGCGAUGGCGGGGGCCAAGGCCGGGGCAGCAGCGGCCUCUGCGGCGGCGUACGCAGCCUACGGGUACAACGUCUCCAAAGGCAUGUCUGCAAGUAGCCCUCUACAAACAGCAAUCAUUCGGCCUUCCGGACUUGCAGAUUUUGGACCUUCAAGCGCCUCUUCUCCUUUGAGCUCCCCUUUGAGCAAAGGAAACAGUGUCUGUGGGACCCCCAAAAGUUUAAAUCUGACCAGCAGUCUCAUAUCAGAAACUUCAAUUCGGAAGCAAAGCAAAGGUGCCCACACCUCAGGUGGUCGGUAGUAUAUUGAACCCCCAAAGCUUGUCUGAACUGUGUUGGCUUUCAGAGUAGACCACCCUGCCAGUUGAAGGCAUGCUAACAAUGCCUUGCUGCUGUCCAGCACAUGUGUGGAAAGAAAAUCAAAGCACAAUGGGAGUGGGUGGUAUAUGUGAGCACUUUGAUUAUGUGUAUUCCAAAAAACUAUCUUUGCAGACACUGCAAGAAGGAGGGAAGGGAGUCUGGGGUAAGAAAGCAUCCAACUACUCCAUGCAAUAUCCUGUAGCUGUGUGUGCUUGAAGUCACACCAGUAUACUUCCUCUCUUAUAGCCUGAGUUGGAGCCCAGCAUUAAUUUUGUUUUGUGAAAUCAGUAUCUGAACCCCAGGAGAAUCCUGUAGAGUCACAAGACAUCUCUGUCCUGGCAGCUGGUCAGUGAACAUGCAGGAGUAAUUGGGGGCUAUGCUGAAGAUGCUGUGUGAUAAAAAAAAAUCUUGGAUUCUUCUGGUGUGGGUCUCUGGGUUCUUUAAAGACUUGGAAUUCAAAGGAAGGUGUCUCAGGUGGUUUCCAGGGAGUGGACUCUUUACAGCAUCAUUGGUCAGGAAGCUGUUCAGAGCUGCAGAAUACAGGGAGCGCUGUCAGGCCUCAUGAGAGCAGCAGCACAGCCUCUGCUUCACACAGUGGAAGAAACCACAGGCUAGUGAUUGGUUUGCAUUUCGGAGUUCUCAUCAGGAUGAACACUUACCGUGUUCAGAAUGAUUUCUCUCAUUUUUGUGGUGCGUAGAAUUCUUAAAAGCUUAGAAACAAAAUAAUGCUCUAUUUGUACAAAUCUGGAGAAGGAGGAAAACUGAAGCGCUGAGGAGGCGUUUGUGCUGCUUCUCUCACCAUGCCGUAGCAGAGCAUGGAUCUGCAGCUUACAGUGCUGUGAGAGGAGCAAUGAAAAACAAUCCUGAGAGAGAACUGUGCCAUUCCCCCUUCCAGCCAAAUCCUGGGGAAAAAAUUGUCUCAUAUCCCAGCCAUCCCAUUGACUGUUCUUGCAAUGUGUUUUCCCUUCAUCUUUGUGAUCAUCACACAUACUGGCGUGGUUGAGUUCACCGCAGUGUGCGGGCAGUAGCCGUGUCCCACAAGGCUGGUAGAAGGCAGUGCUGCCAGCACCCAUCCAUGUUCUUGUUCCCUGGUUGCUCCUUCCCCGUUCUUGAUGCACAAACCCUGCCCGUAGCCCCUUGCUUUGCUGUAAGCGUUGUCUGCAUUGCACUGAGAUUUAGGUGUGGGACAGUUGUUCUGUCUCACACAUUGAAUUAAGAGGCUGUUCUGCCGGGGCACUUUCAUCCCUUGAGAGAAGCAAGUUGAGUUGCAGGUCUGGGCUGUGACAGUGGAAGAUGAUUUCUUUUUUUAUUAUUAUAAUUUUUUUCUGACCCCAAAUCCUUUGCCUGGCGUCCUACAGUGUAGAGCGAGUGCUUCCUGUUGGUUCUGCCUCUAAUUUGCACACCUGAAAAUAGCAGAACUGAGCUUAGUUAGAUUGAUUUUUGAACAGAUUUGCAGGGGAUAAUUGAGGGGGAGGUGAUGUUUAAUUAACUCAUGAAGACUUCCCCCGUCCCCUUCUAUUCACAUGUAUAUAUGAUAUUUAGAGGGAAUCAGACAAAUGCCAAGCCUUUUUUUCUCUUUGAAUGUGCUGUCUAUUUUUGUAACUGAACUUGUACAUAUGUAUAAAGAGAGACACAUCUUUCUUUUACUAACUGGAGGAGAAAAUCUUAAAUAAAAUGGAGUGAGAUAAUUUUAUGUAAA